UACACACAGAUAUAUGUACAUACAAAGAAAUACACAUGCACAGACACAUGUACAUACACACAGACACAUGUAGAUACACAGACACAUGUACGUACAUACACAGACACAUGUAAGUAUAUACACACAAACACACACAGAAACAUGUACAUGCACACACAGACACAUGUACACACACAUACAUGUACAUACACGCAGACAUGUGUACAGAUACACACAUUACUUCGUUGUUCACUCACAGAGCCGUGUACUGCACUCUAGGGAGAGGCAGAGAGCACAGUACACACUCCUUCCUUUGCUUUCACUGCGCUCAGCUAUUGAGCAGUCUGACAGCUCCCAGUGCCAAUGACAGAUCUGGCCUGAGCUCAGAGCCUGUUCAGCAAGAUGGCCAGUGCAAAAUUUCAAGCCCUGUGCUAGAUCACU